AUGGCAGUGUUCCAUGAUGAGGUGGAGAUUGAAGACUUCACAUAUGACGAAGAGAAGGAGCUGUAUCAUUAUCCUUGCCCUUGUGGAGAUCGAUUCGAAAUCACAAAAGAAAUGCUUGAAAUGGGGGAAGACGUUGCUACAUGUCCGAGUUGUUCCUUGAUAGUCCGUGUUAUCUACGAUCCGGAUGAGUUUAUUAAGAUGGAAACAUUGACGAUAUCAUCACAGCAGGCUGUGCUCACUAAUUCUAAUUGA